CAGCGGCCCGGCCGCGGCCAUGGCGGGGUAUUUGACUCCGCGCUUCAGGAGGAUCCGCAGCCAGAGCGAGUUGCAGCCGCGGCGGGGGAGCGGGCGGCGCCGAGACUGUGAUGGUCCUUUUCAAGCAACUCAGAUGUGGAAUAGUAUUAUACAUGCCCUUCACAAUCAAGUGGAAAUCAAAAGACGUAGACAGCACUUGAAAACAUACAGAAACUGUUUCACUGGCUCCAAUGCUGUUGAUGUGGUACUGAGCCAUCUUAUGCAAAGCAUGUACCUAAGCUGCAAUGAUAUUUCUCGGCUGAAGGGGGUCCGUGUAUGCCAAGCGUUGAUGGAUCACAAGGUGUUUGAGCCAGUUGGAGCGAAGCUUUACUUAUUCAAGAGUGGGAAAGAAACAGAGUUUGAAGACACAGACACUAGUCUCUAUAGAUUUGUAAACAGCAGUCCUAAUCCUCUUCUUCCAAGAAAGAAUAAGGAUAAUGAAAGCUUAUCUCCUGAGCAAAUCUGCAAACAGAAAACAAAAAGAUGUUCCAACAGAACAAAGUGUGACACAACACUUUCAAACCCCUUAGCAUUGGAAGCAGCUGAUAAAAAGAGGGUUGAGGAGCUUCUCCGAUCAAUAUAUGUUCAUACAUCUUUACCUCCAAAGGUCGUGGUCAAUGAACCAAUUCACCUGCUCUCAAAAGGAGUAAUAGAAGAUGUCUGGAAACAGCAAGCUCUGCUACGACUGCUGCAGUUAAUUGAUGUUCCCCUUCUAGAAGAUAUCUUGGUGUCUUCAGCGAAGACAAAAUCAGACAGUUUUGGCAAAGAAGAAGACAUGAUUAUCUCAAAUACUUUCCUGGACAGAGAGGUUAUGUGUAGCUUAAACUUGCCUGACCUUGACAGAUGGCUCUAUGCUGCUAUUGAAUGCUUGGAGUAUUUUCCUGACCAAUUCCUAGUGAUGGUUAGUCAGCAGCUAACUAGUCCUCAAAGGACUAACAACCCCAGCAGUCUGAAUACAUACAAGAAGAUACUUUUUGAUGUUAUAAUGAAGUAUUACAGUCAAAAGAAGGACUCUCUUCUUGCCACUGAGGAUUUUGAUAUUCAUUCAGGAGUUAUAGAACUUAUAGAAAAAGGAAAAACAGAUCAAGCUCUAGAGGCAUUACAACUUUAUUUAAAGCUAUUAGCGCCGAAUAUUAGUGAAGAACUUCACAGGCUCCUUACAUUCCUAGCCAUUGCAUCAGAAUCUGAGGGCUAUAAAUUGCAAAAACAAUUUGAUAACAGGUUUGUGAUCAUCAAGACUUGUACAAAGUUCAUCUUGCAAAACAGGACACUGUCAAAACCACAAGCAGAACUGCUGACUCAGUUUCUGAUGGACAAUCACUCCGAACUCUUCAAGCAGGCUAGGCUAGAGGAAAGCAAUCAUGAGCUGGCACUCCAAAGUAAAAAAGAUCAUAUGCAAGAAGAAAGAUCAUCUCCCACUCUCUGAAGCACUGGCUGCUCUUCCAUGUUGCCCUUAUGCAAGGUAGCCAGAAGCUUGUCAGUCUUCCUCAGUGCCAGAGAAGGUUAUGGAGCAGAUUACCUGGAGUGCCACCACCCACCACAUACGGGACAUACAAGUGAUCAGGUCAGGUUUAUUAAAGCUUGACUAACUUGUUCGCCUUCUAUGAGAAGGCGACCCACUGAGUGGAGGAGGGAAUGGAUGUGACUUUGUCUACCUGGACUUUAUCAAAGUCAUUAAGUCUUUGACACCAUUUCCCACAGCAUUCUCCUGCAGAAGCUGGCUGCUCAUGCCUUGGAUGGGUGAACUCUUUGCUGUGUAAAGAUUGGCUGGAUGUCUAGACCAGAGUGAUGCUGAAUGGUGCUCCAUCCAGUUGGCCUCCCAUCACCAGUGGUGUACCUCAGGGCUCAGGACUGGGGUCCCUGUUACUAACUACGUGGACAAGGGAAUCAGGUGUACCCUCAAUAACGUCACAGAAAGCACUAAGCUGGGUAGGACUAUUCAUCUGCUGUAAAGACUUCUGGACGGGCUGGAUUGAUGGACUGAGGACAAUCUUGUGAUGUUCAGCAAGGCCAAGUGCCAGGUCCUGCACUUGGGCCACAACAACCCCAUGCAGCACAACGGGCUUGGGGCAGAGUGGCUGGGACAUUGCCCGGUGGAAAAGGACUGGGGGAGCUGGCUGGCAGCCACUGAGCAUAAGCCAACCUGUGCCCAGGUGGCCAAGAAGGCCGAGUUUCCUGGCCUGUAUCAAUACUGUGGCCAGCAGGACCAGGGCAGGGAUUCCCCUCCUGCACCUGGCACUGGUGAGGCAAGCCCUCAAAUCCUACUUUCAGUUUUGGCUCCCUCCCAAAAAGAAAGACAUUGAGGGACUGAAGUACAUCCAGAGAAGGGCAACAAAGCUGGUGAAGGGCUCAGAGAACAAAUCCUAUAAAGACCAGCUGAAGGAGGCUGUCUAACCUGGAGAAAUGGAGGUUCAAGGGGACCUUAUUGCUCUCUGCAGUGACCUGAAAUGAGGUUGUAGUGAGGUGGUGGUGUCUUCUCCCAGGUAACAAGUGACAGGACCAGAGGGAAUGGCCUUAAGUUGCACCAGAGAAUUUUAGACUGGAAACAUUUUCUCACUUCAACAGACUGUCAACCACUACCACAGGCUGCCAAGGGAACUGACUGAGCCACCAUCCCUGGAGGUAUUUAGGACAUGUGCAGAUGUGGCACUUAGGGACAUGGCUAAGUGAUGGGCUGGACAGUGCAGGGUUAGGUUUUGGACCUGAUGAUCUUAAAGGAUUUUUUUCAACCUAAACAAUUCUCUGACUGUUAAACUUCACACUGCUAACUGAUUCUUAUAUGACACUACAUAUAACCCUGCAGUUGGGACAUACAGUAUGAAAACUAUUCCUUAGAAUGAUUUAAAUUUGGCUUUAACUGAAAAUAUUGUACUUACUUUCUGAAAGGGGAGAAUAUAAAAAAGACCAGAGGGAUCCUUAA